AUGAUGGACUCUGGCUGGCAACCUUACCAGGAUCCGCACAUGGGUCAUCCUGCGCAGUUUACCUCUGCUCUGGCAUCUCAACCUCAGCAAGUAUCCUCGAAAUACGGUCAGCCGCCAUCACAGCCGCCCGUCGGAUAUACCUACGAGACCUUCCAAACACCCGGCACGACCUCUAAAGCCCCAUCGGCAGGGACAAACUCGAAGACCGUCUCGAUGGCCUCGUCUCCAGCCGCCACGCCACGUACGCGGGAUUAUGUCACCGACGCGGAUACCACCAUGGAGGACGCCGACCCGUACAACCGAGCAAAGUACCCCUCGAGGCCAAAUCACAGUCGCGCUUCUUCUCAAUUUUUGAAUCAAGCAGAGGAAUCAUCCGCUGCCCGCAGGUAUUCCCCGGGGAACGUGAUUUCGCCGCCGAUGUCAUAUCCCGCCAGUCCUGGGAAGUCCCAGGGCUCGUACGGGUUCCCAGCCGCGCCCCAGAGUGCCUCUCGGCGGUCGCCUUCCAAGCCGGAAUACGCAUCACCACCCCAGGGAUACCAAUCGCCGCCAUGUGAGCUUGUCUUUGAAUGCUCUCUCUACUCUCGAUUUGCUAACAUGUUGCCAGCCAACCGCGCCCCUAGACUCCCUCCCCUCCAAUCCGGUGACCUCAGCCCAGACCAGUACUACCCUCCCUCGGCUUCCUCACACAUGAGUCCUGGACUUGGGGGAUCACGAUCGCCGCGCUCUGGUUCCCUGCCAUCUCAGCCCUCACUGACCCCGGGUCGCGGCCCCGUGCCAAAGUUCCGGAAGAUCCAGUCUGUCCAAGAGCUCCAGCCCCGUAUGAACGUGCAGCCUGCAUAUCGGCGCGCAAAUCCGGAAGGCGGCUUCAUCAGCCCCCUUCAAUCGCUAACAACUCACCUUCCGGCCACAUAUCGCAUUUGCAACCCCGGUUUCAACUACGAGUCCUCGAGGAACCCGAGGCGAGUCCUGACCAAACCUAGCAAGGGAGUGAAAAACGAUGGGUACGACAACGAGGACAGCGAUUAUAUCCUUUACGUCAACGACAUCCUUGGCAGCGAAGAAGCCGGUCACAAAAACCGAUAUCUCAUUCUCGAUGUCCUGGGACAAGGUACCUUCGGUCAAGUUGUGAAAUGUCAGAACCUGAAGACCGGAGAAGUUGUGGCAGUCAAAGUGAUCAAGAACAAGACUGCAUACUUCAAUCAGAGUAUGAUGGAGGUUUCUGUUUUGGAUCUGCUCAACAGUAAGUACGACAAGAACGACGACCACCAUUUGCUUCGCCUCAAGGACACCUUCAUUCACCGGCAGCAUUUGUGCCUUGCGUUCGAAUUGCUUAGCGUCAACCUCUACGAGCUCAUCAAGCAAAACCAGUUCCGCGGACUGAGCACCACUCUUGUUCGCGUGUUUGCACAACAGUUGUUGAAUGCCUUGAGCUUGUUGAACAAGGCGCACCUGAUUCAUUGUGAUUUGAAGCCAGAGAACAUUCUCUUGAAAAACCUCGAGAGCCCUAUCAUCAAGGUCAUUGAUUUCGGUUCGGCUUGCGAUGAGCGCCAGACAGUAUACACUUACAUUCAGUCGCGGUUCUACCGAUCACCCGAAGUGCUUCUGGGUCUGCCCUACUCUUCCGCUAUCGAUAUGUGGUCCUUGGGUUGCAUCGUCGUUGAACUCUUCCUCGGUCUGCCUCUAUUCCCCGGAUCAUCCGAAUAUAACCAAGUUUGCCGAAUCGUCGAGAUGCUUGGACUGCCACCGACGUGGAUGCUCGAGAUGGGCAAGCAAUCGGGCGAGUUCUUCGAAAAAACACAAGAUGAAUUUGGAAGAAAAACAUACCGCCUCAAGAGCUUAGAGCAGUAUUCAAGAGAACACAACACCAAGGAACAGCCAAGCAAGAAGUAUUUCUCCGCUUCCACGCUGGAAGAGAUUAUUCGCAGCUACCCGAUGCCGCGGAAGAACAUGAAGCAGGCAGAGGUCGAGCGAGAACUCAACAACCGAGUUGCCUUUAUUGACUUCGUGCGUGGACUGCUAUCGAUUAAUCCCUUGGAGCGGUGGUCGCCACAACAAGCCAAGUUGCACCCAUUCAUCACCCAGCAAAAGUUCACCGGGCCCUUCAUGCCUCCCAUGAACCUGAAAUAUUCAACGGCCAACAAGCCCGCCCCUGGUGUUCAACAGCAACAGCAGGCCGAGACUGCCAGCAAACAGCGAGCGGCACAGGCAGCCCAUGCGCAAAAUGCCUAUGCUGCACAGAUGAACUACCAUACCCCACCUCAGACACAAGCCCCACCCAUGUACAACGGCGUCUACCAGCAAGGGGCCCCGCCUCCGCCAUACCCUACCCAGCAGCCACCAGGAUACGGUCACCAAAUGGGAAUGGUGCCGGGCAACCAAAUGCCUCCCCAAAGCCUCUAUGCUCAAGCAACCACCCGCGCAGGCCGCCAACGCGCCUCCACCAUGGACCCCAACGGAGGGAUCCCGUCCACAAUUCAACGAGUUGCUAGCCACUUGGACCCCAACGCCCCCAUUCGACUGCAACCAAGCCCUGCAUACUACCCCCCUCCUCCCGACGGAUACGUGGAUGCUAAUGCCAACCAGCGGCGCCGCGGCAGUCGAGCUGGUGGCGGGAACCAACGCAACCGCGACUUUAUCCGCACGCUCGAGGAUGGUGUGCUGAGCGAAGGAUAUAUGGGUCAGAACCAAUGGCACUAG